AUGUUAAAGAUAUUACUCAGAAAAGUUCUUGGAAGAUCUUGUCUUAACCAGGAUGAAUUAAACACCAUAUUGUGUGAUGCGGAAAGCAUAAUAAAUUCUCGACCAUUGAUAUACCUUUCCGAAGAUCCUGAUGACCUUAUAGCUCUUUCACCAUCUAUGUUUCUACAAGACAUAAAAGAAAUUGGAGUGCCUGAUUUUGACCUCAUUGACUCAAAGAAACUCAAUAAAAGACUACUUUACAAGCAAAAAAUUUGUCAAGAUUUGAGACUUCGAUUUAGAAACGAAUAUCUGGGACAACUAAGAGACUUCUCGAAAAAUAGUGAAGAACCUUCUAUUAGCGAAGGAGAUAUUGUGUUGGUAGGAGACACUAACACCAAGAGAAUCAAUUGGCCAUUGGCAAAGAUAUUAAAGACAUUCCCUAGUAAAGAUGGGAGAGUGCGAGUAGUAGAAGUCAAAACAAGAAAUGGGAAGUUUCUAAGACCUAUACAGAGACUUUAUCCCUUGGAAGUGAGUGAUAGACAUCCACCUGAUUUUCGAUCACAGAUUGAUGCGGGAGAGCAUUCACCUGAAGAGACUAUUAUUCCUCAAGUUCCUGACUCUGAAGGUCCUCAAGAGCCUGUUGCCCAGUGUUCCCGUUACGGGCGUAUCCUAAAACUGCCUAAAAGACUUAACCUGUGA